CGCGCAGGCACGCGCACGCGCACACACCCCCGAGGAGGAGGAGGAGGAGGACGACGCCGGAGCCAUCCCUUCCUGAGGAGAAAGAAGAAGGCGCCCCCCCUCCUCAAGUGGUAGGCAUCCUCCUUUGAAACAGCGUGCUCUUUCAUCCCUCGGAGCGCCCGAAUCCCGGCCUGCCGGCUUCCAGAGCCAUGGCAACGGAAGAGAAGAAACCUGAUGCAGAAUCGACCAAAACACAAUCAACGCCUUCUUCUUCGACCAAUCAGAGCAAGCCUGCACCUGUAAAACCAAACUACGCCCUGAAGUUCACCUUGGCAGGACACACGAAAGCUGUCUCCUCAGUAAAGUUCAGCCCCAACGGGGAGUGGCUGGCCAGUUCUUCGGCUGAUAAGCUCAUUAAAAUUUGGGGCGCCUACGAUGGCAAAUUUGAAAAAACCAUAUCUGGCCACAAGCUGGGAAUCUCUGAUGUCGCCUGGUCAUCCGAUUCAAACCUUCUUGUCUCUGCCUCAGAUGACAAAACCCUGAAAAUCUGGGACGUGAGCUCAGGAAAAUGCUUGAAGACCUUGAAAGGGCACAGCAACUACGUCUUCUGUUGCAACUUCAACCCUCAGUCGAAUCUCAUCGUCUCGGGAUCGUUCGACGAGAGCGUGAGGAUAUGGGAUGUCAAAACCGGGAAGUGCCUGAAAACGCUGCCAGCUCAUUCUGACCCCGUUUCAGCUGUGCAUUUUAACCGCGACGGCUCUCUGAUAGUAUCCAGCAGCUACGAUGGCCUGUGCCGAAUCUGGGACACGGCGUCAGGCCAGUGCCUGAAGACGCUCAUCGAUGACGACAAUCCCCCUGUGUCUUUUGUAAAGUUCUCUCCAAAUGGAAAAUACAUCCUAGCAGCGACUUUGGAUAACACUCUCAAGCUUUGGGACUACAGCAAAGGAAAGUGCCUAAAGACGUACACGGGCCACAAGAAUGAGAAGUACUGUAUCUUUGCCAACUUCUCAGUUACUGGUGGGAAGUGGAUCGUGUCUGGUUCCGAGGACAACUUGGUUUACAUCUGGAACCUCCAAACAAAAGAGAUCGUACAGAAGCUGCAAGGGCACACAGAUGUUGUGAUCUCCACGGCCUGCCACCCGACAGAAAACAUCAUUGCCUCGGCAGCCCUAGAAAAUGACAAAACAAUUAAACUUUGGAAGAGUGACUGUUAAAACACUUUCGACACCAACAUCACUUUAGAGACUGUU